AUGUUUAUUUAUAGCAAGUUAGAAAAGGAUAUUAAUGAAAUUAAGAAGGUCCUCAAGAGAUUAUCAAAAAGUGAUGUGAGUAAAGACAACGCAGUUUCUGAGUCACUAGGCCGAUCAACCAAGGUUAUAAAAGAAAAGCCCAAAAAUAGAAAUGAACUCCAGCCUAUGUCUAAACAAAAAUUAAUAAGUGAAAUUGAUGUGAUAAUCUCCGGGUUUGAUGAAUCCGAGGCUUCAAAUCUAGAAAAAACAUGGAUUUUACAAAAAAGAACAUUUGUUAGAAAUGUUCUUCCUAAACUUAUGAAGGCACUUAAAGUUCAGUUUGAAUACACCAACUCAGAAGCUAUUUUAGAUGAUACAGCAUACCAUUCUGAUGAAAUCUCAAAAAUGGAUGAAGAACUGUAUCAAGAAAAAAUAAAGCAAGGAAUCCGAGACAAAAAAGAAGACAAAAAACACUAUAUAGUUAAAGUGUUAGAUCUUCCAUGGCGAUCUAAUAAA